AUAGUAGCAAAAGUUCUUAAAACGGGUGCUGAUGUGAGAUGUGAUGAGAACGGUAAAUUUCGUUUGAUUCAAUGUGAUGCGCGAGGAUGUUAUUGCGUUAACACCGACGAUGGAACUGAGCUUCUGAACACUCGAGUUGCUAUUGGUGAAACUCCUGAAUGUGACGUCACACAUGUAAUGUGUUCACCUUCGAUUUGCACGAAGCAAUGCGAGUAUGGUUUCGAGGUGUCGUUCGACGGUUGUCCUUUGUGUGAAUGUCUGAAUCCAUGCAAAAAUGUUCACUGUGCUCAGAAACAAAUUUGUGUGAUGUCCGAUGUGCAGUGUUUCCAACAAUCGCAUUGUCCAAAACAACCGCGUUGUAAGUGA